AGUGCGCUUUGGAGGCACAGGUGGUGCAUCAUGUCCACCGGCUCUGCUGCAAGUGAUGCUGAGGACUAUGAGACAUGUCACAGAAGGACUACCACGGCCCUCGAGAGAACAAAACACAAAACCAGCUGCUAUAAUCCCAACCACUAUUCUGAUGAGGAUUUGGAGGAAGACGCCGAGGAGGGGAGGACGAAGCAUCUUAAACUCAAACCCUCCAAAGCGCACCCCCAGAGGGACGCGCGCCAGACGCAGAGAAACGCGGCCAACGCCAGAGAGAGGUCGCGCAUGAGAGUGCUGAGCAAAGCGUUCUCCAGGCUGAAAACCAGCCUGCCCUGGGUACCCGCGGACACCAAGCUGUCCAAACUAGACACGCUGAGACUCGCCUCGAGCUACAUCUCUCACCUGAGACAGCUGCUGCAGGAGGAGCGCUUUGAGAACAGAUUUGCGCACCCGGUCAACCUGACUUGGCCUUUUAUGAUGACUGGACGGUCAGAGGACAGCCAAGACAUCUCAUCCACUGUCAGGCUGUGUGGAGCUACAGCAUGAGACUCCACACUCCAAUAUGUAACGUAGACUCUUCCCGUAAAGAGGCCAUCUUUGGAGAAUUUUCCUCAUGUUUGUGGAGCAGUAUCCCACCCUGGGUGCCAAAAACAAUGACUCUGAACCCUGAGCUUCAAAACACGAAGACUGUGAAAUUCAGAACACGUCUUUAGAGAAUAAAGACAUAACUCCCAGUCUGCUCUCAUAUAUAUAUAUUUGUGUGCAUGUAAUAAGUGUUAAAGCAUGUUUACACUGUGUGUAAGCUCAUUUAUUUUUGACUCAUGCUGAUUCUAAAUGUAAAACAAUUUAGAUGUGGC